AGCUAAGACAGGAAAGGAGGGACUCACUCUUCAACACAACUGUCUACUCUCGCUCCGUUGUCAACAAAAGUCCUGAUACAGAAAAAGCGAACGCUCGAGCAAAGGCUCCGUAUUUUGGCUCACGAGAUUUGAUCAGCGCUCCACCUCUACACCCGAAAACACCAGCUGCUGCGGCACACAGACAGUGACAUGUUAAAGAAGGCAGAGUGUGACAGAACGAGCCCAGGAUCUGCGUGGCUUCGCUGCUUUAUUUGCCUGUAAAGUGUGCCGAGUUCUGCUCCAUGCUCUGCUUCCUGUGUGACUCAGAGCCCGCCUCCUACAGCUGAGAGAUUCAAAGAGAUUAGGACUUGAGAGGCUGCUACAAUUAUGAAGCAUUCUCUGCUAGUGACUCCACAGCACUGUUCUUGAGAUCUGCUUCACCCUGGGAACACAGCAACUUGCACAAUGAAGGUGAAGAGAUGAAUCUGCAGGAAGUAGUGCUGUCUGUGCAGUUCCUGCCACUGGUUUUUUACUGAUUAAUGCCACGCAGAGAAUGAUGCACCUGUCUCCCAGAUAGCAGUUCUGAGGACCAGGCCUUCACAGCACGUAUUGUGCACCAUGGCAGGAGAGACACAGCGAAUGCACACUGUCAAAGAGCUGCACACUGAGUCCAAACUGCAGGAUGAGGGGACAGCAGUGGAAGAGCAGAGUGACAAAUCCACAAAGGAAUCUUCAGAGCACUUUUCAAGCACCGGCACUGAGGCCAGACCCAGCAGCAGAGGGGCCAAAGCUGAAAAACUAGAGGAGGAAAGGGACUGUCCUCAACAGCGUGAGGCUGUCAUACGCCCACAGCAAGCUGGAAAGAUUGACUUCAGCUCACUGCAGAACAGAUCAAAAUUUGCAACUGACAGAUCUUGGUCGAGUAGCAAAGGCAGCCCCCAGUCUCCGAGUGGAAAGGGACGAAACAGGGAUAAGGGGAAGCGUUCGGGAAAGGCAGACCGUGGCAACCCACAGCAGCUGCACAGACUCAGCAUUACAAACCCUCGCUCCAACAACCCCAUUGGUAUCGCAUACCCACAGCAGAAGAUUUUACCACCCAAGAAGUUAGAAUCCAGUCGUGGCCCAGUUUUGAGCAGCUACAGGUUUCACAUUCCCACUGUAGCUGAGAGAGAGGCUGAACUACAGCAGGAAGAGCUCAGCUUCAGCCGGUGCUUUCAGGAGGCCUCGUCUAACCUUACCUCUCCAAGUUAUACCUCACAGGUACCGGGUACUUCAGGUGCAACAUCAUUCCACCCACACACACCCUUGUCGCAGCAGCAGCAGCAGCAGCCUUCCCCAAUGGAGAACAGCAAUGCACAGCCUGGCAGCCAGCUACUGCUGGCCGACUUUCAGCUGAGUGGCUCUGACACAUGGCAGUCUUCGGAGAAGACUUUUAAUGGUGCUAACUAUGGAGUUUCAUCACUCAAAUCCACGGGCCUCACAGAAGCCAAUAAGACAAGUGCCAUGGUGUCAGGGCCCUUUCAGUAUGGAUAUAAUUUUCUGGAGGAAUCAACCUCAGACUCUUUAUCGCAUGAACAGAACCACCAAUCACAAGACUUUACAGACUCUAUAGGUUCAGUUCAUGUGUCUCACAACUCGUUUGCCUUUACGCACGGAGAAGGACAAACUAUUGUUCCCAACAGCACGCAGUUUAAUAAUGAGCAACAGUCUGAGGAUGCUAGUGCUUAUUCUUGUUCCCCUCAGCCACAGUACAUUCAAGGGGUUGCGUCCUACAGGAAUCUGAACGAGGACUCAGCCAGCAGUGAGAGCUCUGCUUCGAGCCUGCAGCAAUUGGAACAGGGCAAAGCUGCCAUGCCUGAAAACACAGACACUAAUGGACAAGCAGACCGUCGGGAUGCAGUUAUCACCCUCGGGAUAAAAAGAAACUGCCUUCCUAAAGAAACUGCUGGCAAUCAAAGAACAUUCCUAGAAGGAAGUGGGCACCACCCGAUAAAUACCACACAGGGUCCUGGCUCCCACAUGCACUUUUCCAGCAAAACAUUUAACAACCCAGUUAAUGGCGUGCACACGGGCUCAAUACCCAUUAAUAACAAACUUCUAAAUAGAUUACCACACUCCUGGGAGGCUCAAAGUAAAGCAUUUUCUCCCACCGAUCAAAAGACUAUUCAGUAUUCUGACAUGGCAGAAAAAUUUCAGUUUCAAGAUCAGCCAACACUUGACCAGAGGCCAAAUACAUCUAAAAAUAGCAGAGUGCCCUGGCAGCAGAUUCGGCAAACAUCUCACGUGCCAAACAGACAAAUAAGCAAUCAAAAACUGGCUUACAUAGUUUCCCCCACAGAAUGGCAGGAUGAUAGUAAAUCGCACAAACACAGCUCCCUGAAAACCUCCUCUUUUCAGAGCAACAGAAGUAGCGAUGGUUUUUCAAACCAGAGACAGGAGACAGUUAAACAUAGUGGUAACACAGUCUCGACUUUUAAAGUGGAGAUGAACCAAGCGCAGGUUUGUGAGACCAAAAAUAAGGUCACAUACUUUGGCAUCAACCAGUCCUUACCAGUGGCAGCAAGAAACUAUAACUAUCCCCCUCUACAGGUCCCACCAUUGGGACUUAUGAUGGUGUCACCUUAUGAGUCCCCUCUGCCCUCACCGGUAAAUAACCCUACAUCUAGUAGUACAUGCUCAUCCCUCUCCCCAGCUUCUACCAGUCCUGUUAACAUCAGCUCCGAUGACAGUCAAAUGUCAAAGUCAGCACCGUCACAUACGUUUUACCACCAGCCUCAAACCAAACCUCAACUCACUUCAGAUCAUCUUGGCUCUCACAACCUCCAACUGCAUUCAGAUGCUUCACGCAACCUUCCAUUUGCAACUGAAAGAGCCAAAGACGAAAUGGUGAAUUACCUGCAAAACACUUCGCAACCAAAAACAAAUAUGGAUGGAAACAAAAGUUACAUUGACAGUUUCGGCGUGGAGCAUCACCAGCCUCCACCUCCGUACUCAGCGCAUCAGCUGUUGGCCAGCUCGCUAGCCACAGCGAAUCUUGACCAGUUCGAUAUCCUUCUUACCUGUAAGCAGUGCGAUCAAAAUUUCAGUAACCUGGCUUCCUUUUUAGGUCAUAAGCAGUACUGUAGUCAACACACAGUUACACCGAACGAACUUAAGGAAAUGCCAAAGAUGGAUGAAAACAGGAAGUUUUAUUCAGAGUUAUCUAAACCAGCAUCUGCUGCACCAAAUGUUUCAAUGACCAGGUGUCCAUCUGAGCUCCAUUUGUCUUUGUUAGGCCUCAACAAAAAUGGUGAACUAACACCUGAGGCUGAGGCAAAAGGAGACUGUAAGGACGAUCCAAAUAAACUCAACUUGUUCUCUAGCUCUGGCAACAUUCCUGCCCCUCUUCCUGAUCUGGAACUGGAGGAUGCAAAAUUAGACAGCCUAAUCACAGAAGCUUUAAAUGGAUUAGGCUAUCAGUCAGACAACGCAGAAAUAGACAGCAGCUUUAUUGACGCAUUCACCGAUGAUGAGCUCACCACUAUGAAAUCAACGUCAAACAAACAGUGUUUAAAAACCAAGGAAUACCUGAUCUUUGAGAACAAAAAUAGGCAAACAACAGAGAACGACAAGGCUUUCACCCAGGGCAAAUAUUUCAACGAGUAUGAUGUUGAAAGUCCUAACGCAGGAAAGCAGUGUGCAAAAAGUAAGCUUGAGAAAACAUCUUUGGAACAAGAUGAUAAAAUAAACAUAAAAAAAGAAGUGCAGAAUAAAAAUUCAAAAAGUGCCGCAAGAGAAAAGACAAAAGAUCAGAACAGUAAAGUGAAGGCGGUAGGAAACGUGUGCAAGAGUGAGGAUGAAAAAACAAACACACAAAAGUUUAUCUUGUCAAACAAGUUUUCUGCAAUUCGGGGAUCAACGCCCACACAGGUGUCUACAUCUCCAACUCCAAAAUCGGCAAUGAAAGAGAGCAAAAGGAAAGGCACUAGAGGUGGAACUUGGAGCAAAGAACUUAUUCACAAAAUAGUUCAGCAGAAAAAUAAACUCCAUAAGCUUCACGUCAAAGGUACCAAAAGUCUCCAGUUUUCCUUGGUGAUGGAGAGACUGACUCCCACGGUGCAGAACCCUGCAUUUGGAGAAUAUGACUACGUCUCAGACUCAGAUGAUGAUUGUGAGCCUGUAAAGAUAGCCAGCCAGGGACGACUAAAUCAAGGCAAUCGCUGUAAAUACACAUACAGUAAAGAGUGUAAAAGAGGCGCAAGGAUCGAGAGAGAGCAGGCAGCAUGGCAACAGGAGUCAAAGGAGAGCCUUGUGGUGAAAAAGAGUGAAGAAUUCUCUCUCUCACCAGAAAAACAUGGUUCGCACCAGAGGCUAAGACGAAGGGGUAGCAAGUCGUCCACCAGCAGUGAAGUGAGCACAUCUAUGAGUGUUUUGGGUGAUAGUGUUAACAGCCCUAAAUGCACUGAUCGCACUGACUCUGAUUCUGAGAAGAAGACAGAAAUCAACAAGUCUUCAGAACAAAGAACCUAUGAAAGGGACUCCCCACAGAAGCUAUGCAAAGGGUCCAGCACACUAGCACUGACAUUUACUAAAUCUGUCAAGAAGUGUAACACCGACAGAGUAAUGCUGUCUGAUCACAAAAGCAACAAAUGUGACCCAAAGAAGAACCCCACAGACCUAGAGAUAGCCAAUCCAGUGUCUUCAUUUCAAAAAUCAAGGGACAUGGUGAAAAACUCUGAAAAAAAUAGAAUGUCACAGACGUCGUUAAAAGAGAAACAGAUUUCUCACCAGAAAGAAUCCAGGAAAACACUCAGUUCAGAUGUAAGCAAUCUACAGCGAUUCAGCAAUCCAAGCAGCAAAGAAGAAGUUGCACAUAACCAAGUUUCACAGUUUGAUUUCAGAGAAACUAAUACUCAUAUUGACAAAAACACAAGGAGCGCAAAACACAUGUUGGAAAAAUGUAACAACAUGAAAGUGGAUAUGACUUUAGGUAAUAAUCUUGACACACCUAAGCCUGCAUCUCUGUGCACCUCUUUGAUGGACGAGGUCUGUCUGUCUCCAUCUGGAAACCACAGCCCGUUGAUACAAAAAGAUACACUCCAACUCAUGCCCUUCCCUCUGGAUCAGGAGCAGGGGCUCAUGAAAUCCCCACUCUCGUUUGACACGUCUUCAAUGUUUGGAGACCUCGCAGGAUUUGACAGUGGACUUUAUUCAGAAAUGUCAAUUCAGAAAGACAGUCUACAUCAAGUAGAGGACACAACUGAUAAAAAAGAGGAAUUCAUAUCUACGUUUUCUCCCUUUCUGGAAGGGAGAGACUGGAACCUAAUAGUUAGCCCUGUGCUGCCAGAUGAAAUUUCUCAGUAUAAAGAGAACACUGAGAAAACAGAUGAAAAGAAACCCGAUUUUAAUAACAUCCCCUUGUCUCUGCCAGAAAAAAUAAUAGAUUACAGUGCUAAUCUAAACAGCUGCGCAUCUGAAGAUGAGCUUGAGAUAAAGAGAAUAGUGACUGAGCUUGAAAACCAGCUGCAGACAACCAAGUUGGAAAGCCCACCAUUACUGGAUCAGGACGUCCCCAAGCAACUGCAGAUGAGCAAGUUUUCACCUUUAAGACUGGAUGAUGAAACAGAGAGUCAAAACACUGAUCUCGAAAUGAGACCCACCAAUGUGCAAGAAACUAGAAUGCCUUCGGUGCCUUUCACUCAAACUGGCCUCCCAUGGUCUAGCCCGUUUGCAUUUGAACUAGUAGAGGCAAACCAAAGUCCCCACACUUCGAACAACUGCAAUCAAACUGGACUGGAGCUUUUAACCACAAAAGACAAUGAAGAUCCAUGUCUGACUGAAUGCUUACAGAAAUCACAGGAGCGGUGUGCUAAAAAAGCAGCUUCUUUAGAAGCAAAAGAGAAGUACUUAGAGGAGAAGAGAUAUACAGAAAAUCUAAUGAAAAGCCUGGAGGUUAUUUCAGACUCCAUAUUCAAAGAAGAAUCAAUCAUUGUCAAACAAAAGGAGGUCACCUCGCUUACCUGUCAACAACAUCAAGAAUUUCAAUGUCAGACAGCUGACGUGGAUAAGAAAAUGGAUCACAGUGAAAAGGAAGCAAAUACUGAGACAAAUAUAUUAUGCUUUCCAAGUUACAAUGGGAGAAAGAAUGAUAUUGACUUAAUUCUGAAUGACUCACCGUCAUCUUUGACCAACGGCACUCACACUACAGUUCAUGGACAGCUGCCAAUUCCAUCAGAGCCAAGUGGGCCCUGUGAGGUCACAUCAAAGUGGGAUGUCCCUGAUAAUAAGCAUUCGAUCCCAUCUGCACACUGCUCAGCUGUGGUACCACAAAAUCUGAAUGGAGAUCAGAACUCCUUUGAGAACACUAAUGCCGGACCAAACUUGAAUCAGUCGAUUAAAAUAAAUAGGGGCAGCCCAGAGCAUUUGACUUCUGAAGGCUCUGAUAAAGCAAAGGCAGUGAGCACCAGUGUGGUUCAGUCUCCCAGCCAACCUUCUUCCCCACCUUUAGAUGACCUUAGUGCAAUUAUUGACAAGAAAAUGACCAAUGUGACGGAAACACCACUGGAAGACCAGGCCUCUAAUCAGGCUAAUACUGGAGAACAGGAACCAUCACAUGUUGUUGAUUAUAGCGUCGAAAACAGUGCAAUCAGAGCCGUUGAACCAGCAAAAAAUUAUGAAUUGGUUGGACUUUCCAUCUCCAGAAAUCCCAGUCCUGCUUUGAACUGUGGUGAAGGUCAAGCAGUUGAUUUGUCACAUGACACAGUCCCCACGAAAGAGCCCUCUACUCCGAUACUGGAGAACAUCAGAGAGGAGACUUAUCAGUGCUCACCUUUCCAAGACACUCAGUCCGAUGAAGGACAACACUGUCUGUUGGCUCUUUCACAUCCUGAUACUCUACUCAACAUCAGUUCCUGUGGAGACACGCCAUUUGACAACUCUCUGAAACCCAAAACACCUCUUGCGUUUGACACUGUGCAGAAAGACCAUGAAAUUUUACAAGUCCAGGAAAUUAAAGAACAUCUCCCGGAUAAUUUCUUGGCAAGUCACCAAAAUUCACCAUGCAGGGAGGAAGUGGACAAAAGUCAAUGCACUUUCCUACACUCUUCCCCAUCGAGCAAUUCUUUUUUAUCAACACUUAAAGAAAAAAAUGACUUACAGGAAGAUAUGUGUCAAAUGUCCCAUAUCCAAGCUGAGUACAUGUCUGUUGAGGAGGAUUCAGGCGACAGUGUCAAAGCAACUUUAACCAAAGAUGAAAGUCAAGGUGUCUCAGAGAUGUUAAAUAGUGAUGAACAGCUGAAUACCAACACUGGGGUGAAAUACUCUCUCAUAUCUUCUCCUCACCUGAACCUGACAAGCACCAAGCGUAAAAUCUCCACUUCUGAAGAUCCCAGCCCAUCACCAUUUCCACCUGUGACACAAACAGCACAACAGCAAGAGGCAGAGAAAGAAAAAGACCAAAGUUAUGAUUUCAAGCUCAGCCCUCUUAACUACAACAGUAUUUCUGAUGAACAUGCACAUCUAAAUCAAUACGACUACAUACCCAUUUCUCCGGCUGGCAAAACUGAAGACAAUGCAGAAGUAAAGCAGAGUCUCCAAAAUGUCUGUGACCCUUGUGACUGGAACAGAAAUCCACCAGUAAUGUUCGACCAAGCUGCAACAGACACAAAAAUAAACGCCGACCCUGUGGCAAAUGUUAAUUCAGCAAAUGAACCUCUUCAGCAGCAUUUAAAAUUAUCUUGCUUUUCACUAGGUCUACCAGCUGACAUCAACAGCAGAGCAUUUCAAGCUGAGUAUUAUAACAAAGACCUAGAUAUUGAUCACGAUUUGGUGGAACCUACAGGUAAACUGGAUGGUGAUCUGCUUAAAAAUCCUGAAUCGGUGAAUUUGGAUUGCCACACAUCUUCCGCAGAGGACAUCAUAUGUCAAAAAGACAUUUCAGAAAGCCUGCCCACUUCUCUCACGAUCUGUGAAAUUAAAGAAAGGCCUCUUCCUGCAGAUCUGUUACAAAAGGUACCACCAUCAAAGACUGGUCAGUUUUUAACAACACAAAAUGUGCCAAAAGAAAUAGCACCAAAGAAGACACAAAGCAAUUCGCAGCAGGGUAAAGUGCUCUGUGAAAUCUGCCUUAUGGGAUUCAGAACUGUUCCCGGAUUGAAGAGACAUAAGGCCAUGAAACAUUUGGUGCGAGCUGAAAAACACAGCGUCCCACAGAAAACAUCAAACCAUCAGGGAAAUAUGCUUAUGUAUGAAGAGUCACAAACUUUAGAGAAAGAAUAUAGAGAUGAAUCACAAAUCUGUUAUAUGACAAAAAUAGAUGGACUGCCUGAGACGAGUAGCACUCUCAUCUCUCAGGCUUCUGAGACCGAGUUGGCUCAGGAGAAAGGGGCAAAUGAGAAAAGUGCAGUCGCAGUGAAUGAAAAAGGACCACAAAACUCUCUGCUGCCAGCAAAGACGAAGAAAAACAACAAGGCUAAGAAGAACAAAAGCAGUGAAAUAAACAUCAUGUCUGACCCUUUUUCUGAUGAGAUUUUGAAUAUAUUGAAAACAGACAUACUUCAAGCCAUAACUCCUGGAUUCAAAAGCAGUGGACUACAAGAACAAAACAAAUCAGCAGACGACCAGGUGAGAAUCCCUGACAGUACUGGUACUGGAACAGAGGAAUUCGCUCAUCCUGUCACGUCUGGCAUUGUGGACGUAUCACAACUUCUAACAAAGCCGACAAGUGCACCCAAUGAAACUGUGGAGCUAAAUGGAGCCACUCAUGCAGAGGAUAUGAAAUGUUCAAGCCUGUCAGAGAUGCCAAAUAGAGAAGACAAUGAUGUGGAAGGUGUUACCGACAAGGAGACGAUCAGAGAAUCUGACGACUCCAGUCUGACUCCUGCUCUAGUGAAAGACAUGUGUGAGCAGAAAACUUCAGAUGAAAACCUUAAUCAUAAAAAUCUUACAGAAAUGAUAGUUCAGAUAAAAAGUGAGAAAAAUGGUUGUACCCCAGACGAGGUAGACACCUUUUCCAGUUUGAACUCUCCACUUCUCUCUCCAUCUGUGAUGUCCUCUGACUUGUCAGCCAUACUUGAGGACGAUGCCACAUUCUCUCAACUUUUUCCAAGAAAUGAAGAGGCAAAAAGAAACAAGUGCCCCAGAGUGUACAGCAAAAAAAACAAAAGACAGAAACUGUUAUCCAACCCCGAUGGGACAAAGGACUGCCCUACUUCAGAAAUCCUUGUGUCAAAUAAAGUUCAUUGCGUGGAAAAACAAGCAGAGCACACAUUUUCCGAGGAUAAGAAUAAGCACUGUGAAUAUGAGACAAUAUCUAUCGAUGAUGCCAUCAAGUUGAAAAUGUGCCACAACAGCUCGUUGACAGCUGAUGCCAAACCAUCGCCAGAUGUUGAACAGAAUGAUCCAACGGAAGUUCUGGAGGUAAUUAAAGAGUCUGACAACAGUAGGAAUCUACAUGAGAGCACCAUUGAUAAAUCAUCUAUUGAAUGGAAUGACUCUGCUGACUUUACUGGAUUUAAUGCAGAAUCCAGAGUUAUCCCUGACCCCAGGUCAUGUAAAGCUGAAGCACCAGUCACACAAAAGCCUUUGCCCCUUCCGGCGGACCCCUUCCCUGUGGAACCAUGUGUCACAGAGAAUGUACAGCCAUUCCACAGCAUCGAUAUACAAAGCAUCAAAACCACAUUUCAACUUCCGGAGGCCCAUACCUUCAACUCCAACGAUGUCUCUGUGUCUUCAACGUCUGUCGAUGUAGAAAACAAAGGGGAAGAGAAGCUGAAGAAAGUAUCAGAGAGGCGUGGUAGAAAAAGACAGGAUGGGGGAAUAAAGGUCAAGGACAAGCAGUAUAAGUGUAAAGUGUGCUUCACUUGGUUUCUUACACUGGGUGAGCUGAACUUCCAUAAGUUGUCCCACAACCCCUCGCCUCCCCCAACAUGUUACAUGUGUGUUCAGCGUAAAUUCAGCUCCAGGGAACAACUGAGAGACCACCUGAGGGAGAAACAUGCCAAAAAUAAGACCGGUAUCUGGACCUGUGGAAUGUGCUUGAAGGAAAUAUCUGAUGUGUGGAUGUAUAAUGAACAUUUACGCGAGCAUGCUACUCAGUUUGCCCGCCGGGGUCAGUCUCAAGGCUCAAUAUUAGACAUCUCCGGCUGCUUCAUGCAGGAGACAGCAGUGAAGAACUUCAUCACUUCAAUCAUGCAACACCGCCCCAGCAGGGUUGCCAGAGAUACAGGCAAAGUUUCUAAAGAACAAGAAAGUGCUGUUUCAGCAGAAAGCAUCGUAGAUGAAGGAAAACCAUUAGAAGGGGCAGAGCCAAAAGUGCACAAAACGAAAAGCAGCAGUGGAGCAGGUGGAAAGCACAGUGCCUUUACUCCACUCGAGGUCCUUCACAGCACAGAGACGACCAAAAGCGUGGAGAUGCAUCCUAACUGCAAAGAUCCAUCCAGAGAUUGCCACCACUGUGGGAAACAGUUCCCCAAACCAUUCAAACUCCAGAGACAUUUGGUGGUUCACAAUUUAGAAAAGAUAUUUUUGUGUCACAAGUGCCCUGUUUCUUAUCAGGAGGCUCAAGCGCUUAAAGAACAUCUGAAGCAAGCACACGAGGAGGUGGAUGAACUGGAUUCCAAACACACCACUCUAUACACCUGUGAGCUUUGUGCUGAUGUCAUGCACGUCAUCAAAAAAUCCUUCAUUUGCAGCACCUGCAACUAUACCUUUUCUAAAAAGGAGCAGUUUGAUCGUCACAUGGAAAAGCACCUGUCUGGAGGGAAUAAAAUUUUCAAGUUCCGAGGUGUUCUCAGACCUGUCAGAGUGUCAACCUUUAAAGGAGAUGAAUGUGAUUCACCUGCGAGUAAAAAGAGAAGAAUUAUUUCUGAAAGUCUGCAGGAAAGUAGCUCGGAUAGUGGAAUCGCAAGCUUAAGCUCAGUGCAUUUAAAUCAAAACUCCGACAUGCAGUCUUUGAAAGUGUCUGUGUUCACGGCAGAUGAUUCCACGCAGACAGCUCCAAAUGAAUAUCUCAACAACACCAACAAUAAUAAUGUAAAGACUGAAGAUGUUGAGGACUACUCUGAACUACUUGUAGAGCUGGAGAAAAGCAUUCACAUUGGCUCAUCCAACUCUGCUUCUCCCAAGAAAGAGGAGGUGGAUAUGACACCAUCAUCUGAUCCAAUAAAAGAAGGCGCUGGGAAAUCCGAAAGUCAAGUAUGUGACGUCAAAGAGGAGACUGAGUCCGUCUGCAUUAGGGAUGAUAUUCCCUCAUGGUCAGCAUCUAGACAAAACAGCAAUGUGGAAAAGCAGAAUGGGAAUCCAGAAGAUGCAGAAUGUCUGGGUGACGAGGACACAGAGGGAACGGAGAAAACAACAAAUUUAUCUCAACUCAGUGAAGAUUCUGGUGUCAGCGUGAGAGAAAAUCUAAUCUUUUCAAAUUCACCAGAGAAGCAUGAAGACGCCGUCGAAGUGAUGGACCAGCAGUUGGAGGAGAAAGAUCCGCAGCAGCAGAUGUCAAAAGAUUUUUAUAACGACAGCAAACAGGAAACUUUAUCUCACUGUGCUGAGCUGGAUGGCAGCAGUCACAUGAAAAGCAAAAGUGCCAGAAAAAGUGACAAUACAAAAAACACCACAGCCGGUGGCACAAAGGCUCCAGCAUCAACACCUAUUCACCUCUCCAUCUCAAAUGAGGACAAGGACUUGCUCAGACCACACAAGAAGAGAAAAGAAACGAAAUCCCCUCACAGCAUGCAGAAAGUCUCCUCUGCAGUCACACAGGAGAACUACGGCGUAGACUGUAGUGCUAAAAAGAAAUUUCGCCCUAGCAAGUGUCCAAAUUCCUCUGCACAAAGAAAGUCGGACAAAACAUGUGACUACCCAGUGCUGUCCUCGGUACGGGAUGACAUUGUGAGCAAUAAGAUAGACCCCAAGAGCAAGACAUCCAACAUGAGUUUACAGUCAAAGAGAUCUUUGCUUGAUAGCUGUAGUCCAAAGAAAGCAGAGAUUGUUAAUCCUCUAAACGGGGAGUACAAAACCAAAAAAGGAUCUCUGGGACGACCUUUGCAUCCUCCCAUUUCCAAAGUCUCUUCAGUUGCCAUGAACAUUUCAUUGAAUAAAUCAAGACCAAAGAUGGGGGUGAGGUCAGUGGAGAGCCAUUCCUACCGGACCGCUGAGUCCCAGAACAACCUCUUAAGCCAGCUGUUUGGGCAGAAACUUACUAGCUUUAAGAUUCCUUUAAGGAAGGACUCAUCAGAAUCUAUUAACUGAGUGGGGAUUUUAAGGGAUCUGUAAAUAAGAGACUGUAAUGUUAUAAGACAAUUCCUUAUGGUGAAUUAUAUUGCACAGCUCCUUUCUGUGAAAUACUAUCUUUAAAUACUUACAAAGUCACUUUAUGUCUUUUUUGUAUAUUUUUUAACAUUCAAAUGUGAGGAUGUGGCAGGUCAGAAUUUUGGGUCAAAAAAGAAUGACUAUUUUUAUUUGGACAAAAUUUUGAAGAUUUUUCCUGCUUUUUCCUAUGUAAAAUAUUUUCCAGAAUCCAGAGGUUAUAAGUUCAUUAAAGUAAAAGAGUUGAGAAAAAAAGUACUUGAAAGUAGAGUAAAGUAUGUUCCUCAAAGAAAUGCAUGUUCAUUUUGCAUUUACAGCAUAAAUUUUACUUAUGUCUUUUUCAAAUAAUGUCUUAACAGACUUGGAUGGUUAUCUGUGCACCUUUAAAAAAAAAUGCUUCUAGCAUAUCAUUAGUUUUAACUUUACUGUACAGCAUUGACAAUGGUCAUUUUAGCCUUUUGUAUAAACAUUACCUGGUGCUAUGUUGUGUUUAAUUAUAAUG